AUGUAAACAUAAGACUUAGUGGAAUAUUUGGAAUAAGAUGUUAAAAACUUCAAUCAACUACUGGCUUUCAUUCCCUAUUAACCCUCAUUUUAUAAUUACAUAACAAAAUAUCAAUUGAAAUCUAUUCAAAUUGAAUUAAAAAGUGAAGAAUUCUUACCAUCAAUCUUCAUUAAUGAUAAAUUGCAACAUAAAAUCAAAUAUCAUCAGCAAUUCAAACAAGCAUAUGGAUUAACUAAUUCCUUUGAAUUUGAUAAUACUAUCUCAAUCGAUAUCAUUUCAUAUGAUAUUGAAGAAACAUACAAAGAGUAAAUAAUUUAUUAAUUACUAUAUAGAAAAUUAGAAAAUGAUAGCUUAUAUCCUAUUUUAUUGAAUUUCGCUGUCACAAAUUCUAAUUGGAACAUUGAAUCUAUUGUUUAAUUUUUCAAUUAAAAAGCAUGUUCAUACAAUACUAUAAAUAUUGAUUUACUCUUUUUGAAUUUAUUUAGAUUUGCAUUAUACUUUUAGAAAUCUAAUCAAAUAACUACAUUAUUACAUUAUCCAUCAAUAAAAUUUAGAUUAUAAGAAAUAAGACAUACAAAUAAAUUUGUUGAAACUCCUUUAACUAAAAUGAUUACUAAAUCUAGAUCAAGUCAAAAAAAAGAAAAAGUAGAAUAUAAAUUUGGAUUUCUCUCUUUAGAUUAAUCAAAUAGAAUCUUUCCUUUAAUGAUUUAAGAUCCUUUAAUAUUUUAAUUACCAUUAAUAGGCACUUGGUUAUACUCUAAUGAUCAAUAUGAUGAACCAUUAAAUAAUAGAUAAUAUAUUUGGACUAUGUUAACUGAGUUUAUUUGUAGUCCAUAUAUAACAAGAAGAAUAUGCAAAGAUCAAUAUGAUUAAUUUCUAUUUAUUUAAUUUCAAAAAAAUCAAUCUCCAUAAUUUUUUGAAGUUAAUAUACAAGAAGAUCCAUAAUAUCAAAUUGUAAGAUCAUAAGAUAAAAUUAUUAAUCUAGAUCAUCAUUAAAUUGAUUUAGCAUCUGCUUAACCAUUUCAUUCUAUUGAAAAAGUAUCAGAUUUAUACAAUCCUAUUAAUCAUACAAAUAAAGUAACAAAUCUUACUUCUAAUAUUAAUAAAUAAAAAAUCACAUCCCCAGAACCUAUUUAAAAUAUUGAAUAAUCAUUUCAAUAAGAAAGUACAGUCAAACAACUACCAUUACCAUAACCUUUAGAUUCAAAUUAAAGUUAUUAAUCUGCCAAUUUCCCAUAAAAUUAACAUCUCACAGAAAGACUUGUUAUUAUGUAAUCUGAAUAACUCAAAUUAAUGCAAACUUAAAUUAUUGAUUUAUAAAGAGCUCUACUUUAAUAAGUAAAUAAUAUCAAAUUUAUAUAGAUGUAAAAACCAUAAUCAAUAUAACAAUAAUAACCCAUGAGUCCUCCAAGAAAUGAAUAAACAUUUCAUCCAUCUCAUAAAAGAGUUGGUUUACCCGUCUAAAAAAUUGAUUUCUUAAGUGAAUAAUUAAAAUUAAAAACUUAAUCUAAAAAAAAAGAAUUAGAAAUUGAAGAAUUAGCUUAAUAAAUAUUAUGUGAUAAAAUUGAAUCAAUGUAAAAUUCAACAAGAAAUUCCAUUAAUAAAAUAAUAUCAUAAAAUAAUUCUAACAAUUCAGAUAAUUCUAAUCAUUUCAAAAUUUCUACCAAUAAGAAAUAAUCUUUAGGAGAUCUUAUUAUAUCUAUGAAAGAUAGUGAUAUUAAAAGAUAAAUUAAAAGAAAUUAAGCAAUGAUUUAAGAUAUCAAUGGAAACACCCAUCAUGAAAAUCAUUAAUAUCAUUCUCAAUCUUUGUCUCCAUUUUCUUUAUAAAAUUAAUAAUCAGAUAAAAAUCAUUUUUUAUAAAUUCAAUCACCAACCUUUAACUAUCAAAAAGAUGUUUCUUAAUUUAAUUACCAUACAAACAAUACCUUUUAAUCAGAAAGUCCUAUCAAAUACGUUAGAAUUGAUUAAUUUACCUAAUAAUUAUAUUAAUAAUAACAACAACAACAAUAAUAAUAUUAAUAAUAAUAAUAAUAAUAAUAAUAAUUGUAAUAAUAAUACUAAUAAUAACAACAACAAUAAUAACAACAACAAUAAUAACAACAACAAUAAUAACAAUAAUAAUAAUAACAAUAAUAAUAAUAACAAUAAUAAUAAUAAUAGAAUUUAUUAUUAUAAUAAUAAUAUAUGUAAUUAUCAUAAUAAUCUUAAUCCUAAAAGAAAUCCUAAUAGUAAUCUUCAAACAACAAAUAAUCUAUUCUAAUAUCCUCUAUAUAAAAAUCAUAUAAUAAGUAUAUUUAAUUUUAUGAUUUUAGAGAAAACAUUAUGUCUAAUAAUUAAUUAGAAUAGAGUGCUGGGUCAAAAGCAAUGCCUAAGAUUAAAUUUAAUUUAAAAGAUUAUGAUGAAUCUGAUUCUGAUGAAGAAGUUAAAAAAUUGCAAAUGAAAUACCUAAAGAAACGAUGA